AAUAAGCCACCAGCAAUGAAACUCCACGCUGCAGCUAUCCUGGUCAUCUUCUGGCUUGGCGUCUUCACUGUGCACACAGUGAAAGGGAGCGUUGGAAGUCAGUCCAUGCACAGAAGGAGUUGUGUAGAUCUGUCUACACGUCAACUGAAGAUUGAAAACCUUGUCAACUAUAGAAAGCAAGAAGAUGCAGUAAAUGCCAUCAUGUUUAUCACCUCAAAAGGUGUCAAGAUCUGCGUAAGCAGUGAUCAGAAAUGGGUGAAGGCUGCUAUGAAGCAUAUAGACCAAAGACGUAUCACUAAACGCAGAUAAUCCUGUCUAGGCAAGCAUCUACAGCCAACUAAAUGGAAUCAUCAUCACUGCUGCACAUAACAGGGAAUAAAGCCUUAGUAUCUGCUUUUGAUUCCUAUUUAUGGCAAUGGCAAUAAAAGCUCUGA